UUUUCUUUUUUUUCUAUUAAAAAAAUAUUUUUCAUGCCGACGGGUUGAAUGAUAGGAGAAAUUUUAUGCCCGGCUUUGACAGUUAUAAUUUUUGGCGGGAAAUGUAAACCAUGGACUUGCCGAAGUGUGGUAGCGUACAAGAAAUUUCCAAUGCUCUCUCAACCAACCAAGGAAGUAUUAAAGUAACCGGGAGAUUGAUUCAACACGACUGUAUAAACCGCCAGGCGACCCUCUGUGACCCCCAGACUUCGGCGUCUCUGUGUGUAGACACAUCCCUCACAGAACCCCUCGAGGGAUCAGUGGGAUCUCUAUUCCAAGUGAUCGGCGAAGUGGAACGAGAGGAUGGCGGCGACACGCCCAUCGUGCGCGCCAGGAUCAUGCGCUGUGUGGAUGGAAUGGAUCUACUUAUGUAUAACCGUGCUUUGAGGAAUCAACAGAAGUAUUUUCAAUCCAGAAAUGUGACUCUUGUUAGACAUAACUAACCAAACAAAAAUUCAUUUAUAAAUCUUAAUUUUAUUUCACAAUUAUUUAUUUCAUCAGUUUUUCUUGCCGACCAACAUUUUAUAUGUCUGUGCACAAGCACCUGACGUUAUAUAUACAUGCUUUAUAUGUAAAUGAUAUUUUUCUCAUAAAAAAUAUAUAUAUAUAUAUAUAUAUAUAUCCUCUACCUAAAAGACUAAUUAGAUAAAGGGCAUAUUUUUUAUUAUGAGAAAAAAUAUACAUAUAACUAAACAUUCAUUUUAUUAGUAUUCAAAACAGUGUUGUUGUAUUUUUUUUUAAUAUGAUCAAAAUAUUUUAAAAGAUUAAAAUAAGAUUAUUUCAUCUGCUCACGUAAAUUCUGAGCGGAUGAAAGAGUUGCACGGUGUAAAAUUGCAAUAACCAUCGUGGCUCAGUAAUUGAUGUUUCUCAAGUGUAUGCAAAGAAUAUCUAUUAUUUCGAUAGGAUGAUACACACAAAGAAACGAAUUUUCAUUGCAAAAUUAGACAUAGAAGACUCACUUUCUCCAUUUUUUUAGUGAGUGUUCCCGAGUGAUCUAACGUUUCAUAAGAUCACGCGCGAAGUCAAUUCGUCUAUAUAAGAAUUAAAUGAAAUGAAAACAUUAGUUCAAUGCAUCCAUGAACAUGUAUAUUCUAUUGAAGGUCAAUAUUUCUAUGUACAUGUAUCGAUAUUAGAUAUGAUUCUUUAAUAAAUUUAUUUUAAACUC